CCGUCAGGACUCAGAUUCUCCCCAGACUCCGAGCAUGCGGGCCAUGGCGCUGGGAACCUUCCUCCUGCUGCUCUCGGGGACCCUGACCCUGACCGAGACCUGGGCGGGCUCCCACUCCCUGAGGUAUUUCAGCACCGCCGUGUCCCGGCCCGGCCGCGGGGAGCCCCGCUUCAUCGCCGUCGGCUACGUGGACGACACGCAGUUCGUGCGGUUCGACAGCGACGCCGCGAGUCCGAGGAUGGAGCCGCGGGCGCCGUGGAUGGAGCAGGAGGGGCCGGAGUAUUGGGAGCGCGAGACGCGGACCGCCAAGAACAACGCACAGAUUUUCCGAGUGGACCUGAACACCCUGCGCGGCUACUACAACCAGAGCGAGGCCGGGUCUCACACUGUUCAGUGGAUGUAUGCCUGCGACGUGGGGCCGGACGGGCGCCUCCUCCGCGGGUAUGAACAGUUCGCCUACGACGGCGCCGAUUACCUCGCCCUGAACGAGGACCUGCGCUCCUGGACCGCGGCGGACACGGCGGCUCAGAUCACCCGGCGCAAGUGGGAGGCGGCCGGUGUGGCGGAGCACGACAGGAACUACCUGGAGGGCAAGUGCGUGGAGUGGCUCCUCAGAUACCUGGAGAACGGGAAGGAGACGCUGCAGCGUGCAGACCCUCCAAAGACACGUGUGACCUACCACCCUAUCUCUGACCGUGAGGUCACCCUGAGGUGCUGGGCCCUGGGCUUCUCCCCUGCGGAGAUCACCCUGACCUGGCAGCGUGAUGGGGAGGACCUGACCGAGGACACCGAGCUUGUGGAGACCAGGCCUGCAGGGGAUGGGACCUUCCAGAAGUGGGCGGCUGUGGUGGUGCCUUCUGGAGAGGAGCAGAGAUACACGUGCCAUGUGCAGCAUGAGGGGCUGCCUGAGCCCAUCACCCUGAGAUGGGAGCCAUCUCGUGUCCUCAUGGUGGGCAUCAUUGCUAGCAUGGUUCUCUUCGCGGUCACUGUAGCUGUGGUGGCUGGAGCUGUGUUCUGGAGGAAGAAGCGCUCAGGUGGAAAAGGAGGGAGCUAUGCUCAGGCUGCAAGCAGUGACAGUGCCCAGGGCUCUGAUGUGUCUCUCACCACAGCGUGAGACAGCUGCCUUGUGGGGAACUGAGUGAUGCAAAAUUUGUUCCUGUCCACCCACAUUGUGACUUCAGGAAUCUCUGACUUCUGUUUCUGCAAAGGGCAUCGGAAUGUGUCUGCGUUCCUAUUAGCAUAAUGUAAGGAAGUGGGGAGACUGGUCUCCCCGUGACCCCCUCCCCACACUGACAUGUGUUCUCUUCCCUGAUCCACUUUCCUGUUCCAGCAGAGCGGGCCUGGGCCGUCUCCAUCCCUGUCUUAGCUUUUUGUUGCACUGAGCUGCAACUUCUUACUGCCUUAUUGAAAAUAAGAAUCUGGAUAUGAACUUGUUUUUUUUCAGGUUCUUGCCAUGGGGGAUUGAUGGAUUAAUUAAAGGAGAAGAUUCCUAAAAUUUGAGAGGGGAAAUAAAUGGAAGCACUGAGAACUUUUCAGAA